AGAUGGCGUCUCGAGGAUAAGUCGAUGUGUCCAACUUUUCAACAAGUCAAACUAUAUUUCUUCUCUCUACUUUCUAGAGUACUCCUGUAUAAAUCAAUAGGUAUAAAAGAAUAAGGUAAGAUUUCUUUACGACAGUAUGUUUGGAUAGUUUUACCGUCAGAUUUGCGACGAAUGUUUCCUAAAAAAUUCCCGAGAUUUGGCUAGAGUGCUACAGUACGAAGGAUUUCCGAUGUCUGCAAAAGACGAAGAAAAAGUUACUUUAUGGAAAAGAGUCCAAAGCUUUUUUGAGAAGCAAAGGUAAGAAGUAAAAUAAGGGUGGCAGUAUAGUAGAGAUUUAUACUAGGGGACGUUCCAUUUUUUAUCCGCACCCCUCCCCCGCUCUUCAGGAUGACGGGUUCUCCAAUAGGAGGUUCGGAUUUUAUCUUAAAAAAAAAAAAAAAACAAAGCAAAAUUUUGACCCUUCAGACAAAUUUUUCAAAGGUACUGACAAAGAACGAACCCUUUGGAUUUAAUUUUUCAAAAUGCGCUGACAACAAUUUGAGCCUGCAUAGCAGCUGCUUGACAGGAAUAUGGCCUUUGGGUGCAAGAAAUAAUAGGGUGUGUGACUUGAGUAUGGGUGGAAGAAAGAUCAGGGCAUGUGAGGAGAAAGGGAGCGGUACCCCUCGCCCUCGCAUGCUCUAUUCUUUCUUGUGCCUAUAUUCGUUUGAAGUGCCUGGUAUACAGGCUAAGAGUUGACCAUAUUGAACACAUUUUUAAAUGUGACAGACUAGUUUUUCUUAUUAACAAGUUUUUUUGUUCUCAUUAGGGAAGCAUUUAAGCAGCAUACAGAGGAUGAAAAAGAGAAUGGUUGGGACAGAAUUAAGGCAUUAUUUGACGUGAGGUCAGUGUUGUCUGUACAAAAAAAAAUACAGUAUCUACUUCCUUUUUUUAGGCAAGGGUUGGGGGUAGGGGGUGAUGUUCAAGUGGGAUGCUUAAGACAGAGGUGAAAACUUAAUCAUAGUGAGCAUAAAUUAUCUAGAAUGGGGAAAUUGCAUAGCCAUGAGAAGGAAGAGUAGGGAUUAGUAGAGGAUUUACAGCAUUAUACUUGUCCGGGCUGCUUCUAUAUUUGUAAUUUUUUAUUCUAUCUGUGGGUGACAUCCUGCAUCCAUCCAGAGAAAUCUCUUCACAAAGUACUUCUGUUUUCCAACAUUUCACGUAAAAUAUAACUGUAUUUAGAAUUUUUGUUCAACUUUUACUUUAGCCACUUCCGGAAAAACAUUAUAAAUUAAAAGUUAUUUUUGUUAUUUAUAUCCAGUGAAGGACCCAGAGAGGAAAUUCAGCAUAUCCCAAGUGUUGUUUGCUAUACAUCAGCAUUUGCCUUUUUGCUCGGUGGCCAGUUUGGCAAACGGAUUGCAGAUGACCAUUAUCGCCGACAUAACCAGCUCACUGUGUAUCAGUCUGCAAUGCAUGCUCAAAGACAGUACCAAGCCUCAGUUGCCUUAGGCUUUGCAAAGUAUGGUGGCCGAUGGGGUUGGAGAGCUGGCGUCUUCUCUGGUAUUUAUAGGUAAGUAAAACAUGUAUGGUCAGGUACAGAAAAAAAUGAGAAAGGGAGAGAGAGAAAAUACAAGAAACUAUAUAGGGAACAAAAUAGUAUAGAUUAUUUAUAACUAAACAUAUACAAUUUUUAAAUCAGUGUGCAACAGCCAAAGUAGCAAAGUUUUCAAAAGAUUCUUUUGACUGCUGCUGCAUCUUAUUUUAUUGAUAACACUGAAGUUGUGACAUUGCUUAUCCAGUUCUUUAUAUAUGAAUUUUCAGUUUCCUCCUUGUUGCAUGUGAGGUUUAUCGAAACAAAGAUGAUGCAUUGAAUUACUUAGCCACGGGAGGUAAGGUUUUUCCAGACCUUAUUCUUUCCUUUUUCAUCAUUGCAAACAUGUACAAAGUUUCUCGUUAACAACUUUAAGAAAUUCGUUACUUUUUUAUACCACCUUCACUCUAUUUCUCAGGGAAAAAGGGUACCAUACAGCAUCCUUAGGGUGGAACAUCCUUCAGACCUUUGCAAGUCCUUUUAAUAAGACCAAGAAUUCCAACCCCCAUAUAAACAAAUCAACCCAGUCCCCCAAAUUAAUCUGGAUCCGGAUCAUUAAUAUGACAAAAUAGUCUACUUUUUAGUGAUGAAAUGUGUGCAAAAAAGCUGCAGAAACCAUACUUUGAUCAUUUAAAGUUGGUGGGGAAACAGGCUAAUAAUAUUAAUUCCAAACUAAAGCACACAGAAGCUCAAAAGUUUAAAUUUUAUCGCAGAGAUUUCCAGAUAAACCUGUAGUAAUGGCAAAAUUAAGUGCCCCUACCACAUGUUAACUGCCUGCUGAAAAAUCUGUCUUCAUAGAGGCUAUUCUGGAGAGUUUUGUCCACAGUGAUUGUUGUUGAAAGAUUACCAUAACCAUGAACACACCUUGUGUGAUUCCUUUUUUAAAUUUAUUUGAUUUAAUGUAGCCUCAACUGGUGCCCUUUACAACAUAUUUUCUGGCUGGCGUAAAAUGUUGGUUGGAGUCCUGGUAGGAGGAGGCUUGAGGUAAGAUGGAGGGCUGUUUUUCCCCUUGGAAGUGCUGGGUAUGCUGCACUUACAGUGCAAGGCUGUGCUCCAAGAAGAAUGGAAGAGUCCGGUGCUCAGCUGAAGCUGUAGCCUUCGAGAGCAUCGGGUUUUUUUGGCUCAAGUUAGUUUCUAGGCAAGUGAAACUAGAAAACUGAGCCGAAAAAACUGGAUGCUCUCGCAGGCCUCACCUGGGAUGAUUUCUAUGAAAAAACUAAGAUUUUGUUGUUGUGCAGGAGCAAAACUGUAAGAUUCCAGGUUCCACCAGGCACUGUUACAGCACAGCCCUGCAGUGCAAUUAUUUUGAAAGUUUUUUGAAUCCAAAAAGGAAACUUGUAUUAAUAAUUUAUUGUUAUGUAACUCUCUUUGAGCAAAAAAAAAAAAAAAAAAAAAGCCACUGUGAAGGACAUUUGGAAAUAAGAUCUUACCUGAGAAUUCUGCAAACUUAUUAGGAUUGAAUCUCUUUAGUAUUUUUGUUGUUGUUUUGAGAGACUGCAUUGGCAAUUGUGUAAUUCAAUUUCCAGAUGCAUCAGUCUCAAUUCAUUAAAAAAAGUUUGGCUAUGCCUCAUAUUUUUUCCACCGACUUCCACUCUCCUUUGUAGAGGGCUGUUUGUGUCUCAGGGAAGUCAGCAAGAGGGGAAAGAAGGCAUUUUUUAUUUUAUUGGAAUGCAGUCAACUCUCUCUAAGACGGACACCUUUGGGACCAGCACUAAGUGUCCGUCUUAGAGAGGUGUCCGUCUUAUAGAGAGUCAAAUAAAGGGAGUAAAGAAAGGCAGGGACCAACUCUAAGUGUCCGUUUUACAGAGGUGUUCGUUAAGAGAGAGUCGACUGUAACCAGGAGGGAGCCCCUCCGCAAAGGAAAGACCCCACUUUUCAGUGCCAGGAUAUUGAUCAAACACUGUUGUUCUGUCAAUAACAUUACUUUUAACUUUUGAGUCUGGAUUAAGUAGGACCAUAAGUGUUCCUUUUCCCAAUCAAAUUAAUAUUGGUCAGUUUGCAACUUACGGUAAUUUAAUUAAUUUUUUUUUUAACUAAAUAGAAAUAUUUCUGAAUUGUUAGCUUGCCUGUUGGUUUAAUUGCACAAAUUGGAAGUGCAGUCUUACCAGAAGAAUAUAAACCAAAGAAAGUUCAACAACAGUUUGACAAUAAAAGUGAAUGGUAUGUAUACUUUUGUAGUUUAAUGGUAUUCAUAACCAGUGAUUAAUGGUGAAAACUUAAGUGUUCUUAUUCAGGGUUUGAGCUAGGAUUUGAUCACUGGGGGACAAUUUGUCCCCUUGGCUAAAAUUUUGGGGGACAUUUUCAUUUUUAGGGGGACAGAAAUUUGUACACCCUUCUGCUGAUCCAAAGGGGUUUGUCUUCUUAGCAGGACUUCUGAUAGGUCUCGGAGAAAAAAGUCAAAUUUCGCGGGAUUUUUAGGGACAAAUUCGCAGAAAAAUCGGCUGAUUUCGCGGGAGUUUUCGGGGCAAACUUCACCGAAAAGCAAUCGGUAAAAAAACCGACAAUUUUGUGGUUAUUUUCAAGGCAAAUUUUGCUAGAAAUCGAUCGGUUUUGCGCUGAUCAGACCCUCCUUUUUAACAUUUUUCUAACAGAGGUCAUCAUUUGCUCUUUCAACAUCAAUACACUCCAGAAAUGAACCAGUGGCAAAGCCUUUAACAUCAUGGCUAGUGCCCAGUUUUUCGCAACAUAAUCUGUUUGCACGUUUCAAGAUAAAUUUGCAGGUUUACGGCAAGUAAAUAGCCCCUAUAGCUGAAAUAAGUUUCAAAUAUGUUGUACAGACAUGUAUUUGAUAAGAUUUCUACCGAAUUUUGCGGCUCCGCGACCGCGCGAAGAAUUAGAAGCCCUGUCUUAGAUUUCCGACAAAAAUAGCAGUAGAACGUGACUGAAACGUAACUUUGGAAUGAACUUUAAAGGUGCGAUAAAAUAUACUUUCCACGUUCUGUUUCAGCUUGCAAUUUCUGUACUAAAAUAAAUGUCUUCGUGUGUGCUUCCUUUCGAGUUUUUUCCCUAAAUUUUGAAUUGUCCCCUUGGCCGUUUUUUAAAGGGACAAUUCCAAUUGCAGUGCGGGAUUGGCGCAAUGGUGCGGCCUGGCUCAAACCCUGCUUAUUUUAAAGUUGAUAUCAGCAUGUUCUAUAAAGUUAUCUCUUGUAUGCGAACUUCACAGGGAACAGCGUUUGGAAGUAACCAGCACCUUUAUAGAAGCUAUGGAAAAAGAACUUAAUGAAGACAACAACUCCCAGAAUGACAAAAGAUAGCAAGUCGUUUUAUAAUUAAUUGGUUAUUUUAUGCAUUAGAAUUACUUUUGUCAAGUUCUUAUUUGUACGUAAUGAGUACUAUCAGUGUACAUGGAAAAUACAUAAAAGCUAAAAGAUUAUAUAAGGGAUUCGGAAUUUGUCCAUGGAUGACAAAGAUGCUUAAUGUGUAAUAAUCAUUCUUAGCUUAGUCGGUCAGUAACACUUAAUAGUGAGCUCAAGACUUAUUAAGCUUUAGCAAUAGUUUUAAUCAUCUAAAUUAUCAACAUUACAACUGUAUGCUGUCUAGACGUCAAUAUUUUUCUAGUUUUGUAGGCUCCAUUUUUCAUGUGCGAUAUCAAAUCUGUCACAAUUUUUGUUUCUCAUCACUGUUGUUUGAUGAAAAGAAAUUUAAAAAACAUUGAUAUAAAAAGAUUAAGCAAAUGUGGGUAUGAAAUUAAUGUGCCAUCUUUAGUUUAAAAUUAUUUUAAUUUUGUACCCUGGUCAUUCAAAGUGCACUGAAUUCUACUUUUAAGGUUCCCAAAAUUAAAAUUCUUAAAAUGAAGGAGGCCAUUUCCCUCCAUAACUAUCCCACAAGUGGCUGUGUUGUGAGAAAGGCACUCUACUGUAAGAUAGGUGAUUUCAUAAAAAAAUUUACUUAAGCCAUGAAGCAGUUUAUUCUUCUUUCAAUGAUGAAAUCACAAACUUAAUGUAAAUGCUUUUGAAGUUUUAUAUCAUUCUAUUGCAUUGACAGGUACUAAUCUGUGAUUAACAAAAGAUUUACAGUUCACUGCAUGACAUUGCAAUCUUGUUUUGUAGGCUGGAGGCUUCAAAAUCCAGCUGCAUAGGUGUAAAAACGUCCU